AUGUCCGCGAAGUCGUCACCGGAGGGGAAAUGGCACCGUAUUUCUGCUCUUAAACCUAGCACUAACAUUGUCGUUCUCCUUGGGAAAUCCCCUCAGGCAUGGCAUUACAUUGGGGUCAAUUUCGCGACAUACAAUGCCUCAAUUCAGGCGUCCGAGAUGGCCAAACCCUCAAGACUCCUGCGCCUCGGUCUUGAGCGUGGCGAGAUAUAUGUUCGACUUUACAUGAUCGGCCGGGCUGAAACAACAUCAGAGCCCACGAUCAUGGUCUGUUGCAUGAACGAAAGCAUCAGGUCUCGCGUGAAAAACGAACUACGAGCCAAUCCUACACUACGAGCCUGUCGCGAGUUCCUCGUCCAUGGGCUGCCGCACCCGCUUGAGCAACUGCGUCCAGCACGACCUCUGGCAGGAACUAGCAACAACUGUAGUCGUUACGAAGAAAAGCUUGAAACAGACUUGCCUUCUAAUGUAGCUUCGGGCGAUGAGGUCUUUUCGCCGACUGCGUCGCUAAGCUUGGGACGCCGUCUGUUCAAGCCUCCAAACGACAACGAGGCUAUUCUUUGGGCCACGGGUGGUGUUUUUCUUCAUAUCGAUGGCGCAUGUCUUCAACUCACAGUUGAGCAUGGUCCAAGUGACUUAGACGCGGAUCAAGAUUCUCCUUCUACGCUAGAAACGGAUCUGGACGCCUUCUCAAUCAAUGGGAGCGAGGAUGACGAAGAAGAGGAAUCCUUGCUCACCUACGACGUCUUGAGUCAAGGGAGUAUCACUCCGAAAAGGAGCUUUCUUUCGCAAAGGUCAUUUUCGAUCAACCGAUCAGAGAGUUCUUCAUGGGACAACGAAAGCUCCAUUGCAGAGGAUUGGCCCUACGGAGACAACCAUGAUACUGGAUCUGAUGCUGAACCAUCGCGUAACUCAGGGUAUCGAACUCGGAAUUCUAUCGACGAUAUCCAGCACCUCGAAGCUACAAAAAGUGUCGGAGUGAUUAGUAUUCGCGCCAGCCAAGGCUCAUCCCCAGGGCUCGAUUACGCCCUUAUACACACACCACCCCCAAAGCCAUGCGAUUCCGUCAAUGGGUUCACUGUUCCGAUUGGGAACGCAACGAGAUCCCUCUACGUCUGUAGAAGCGACUUAUCUCCGCCAGGAGAGAAGAAGAUACUUAUAGUUGGGGAUGGUGGAUCUAUUCGUACCGGAGACCUCCCACCAGGAACGACUCUGUUCAAAAGAACCGGUCUGAACUCCUUCCAACACUUACAAAUUGUGCGACUCAUCGGCAGCAACUUCGUCUUUGGCGAUUCGGGAGGGGCAGUGCUAGACCAAGAAUCAGGCGCCUUCUACGGUCAUGUUGUGAGCGGCAGUCCGGGUACGGGUAUAGGUUACCUGGUGCCAGCAACCGAAGUGUUUCAAGAUCUGAGCUCGAGGGGCUUUCAAGCAGAACUACAUGGACGUCAUUUUUCCCAAAGCGUGCAAUACGACAUGGAUAGAUCCAACAGCUGGUUGGAUGAUCAACUCAAGGCCAGCAAGUUCCCCCGUAGGGAUGCCUCAACUCAAACCGAAUUUGCCCUGCUACCUACGCCGCCCUUGUCGCAGGUGGGCAGUGACUCCUAUCAGCCUCGCUUACGAACUCCAUAUUUCGUAAGUCCCAUCGAAUUUGGUCAUAAAUCAUUUAGAUCUCGCUGGCCAUAUUUUGUCGGCCCCGAGAGAUCAGUGCUAGCCACUUGGUUCAACGACAGGCUGCUAGACGACCUGCAAAAUAUCGGUGCUGAGGAUCUGUGGUCGAUGUUCUUCGAAUCCAGUGCAUCCACAUAUUCUGGAAAGAUCGAAGCGCUUCGGAACUUUUGUCGAACAGCAACACUGGAAUCCCUGGAGAUGGGUGUGUCCAAAGUGUCCAAAGUUUCGACGAUAUGGCUAGAUCAGCGAGAACAUCAUAGCCUCGGAAACCGAUCUACCCCGGGAGCUCUCACAGCCGGAGAACUAUUCAAACAAUUGAAGCUCAAGGUGCGCUUCUCAUCCCACAUCUGCAAUGCUUUGUAUUUGCCGACUACGAAUAAUGUACGUUCUGGUACGACAAUUCGCCCAUCUUCUCAACUUGCUAAUGCCCACAUAGAUUUGACAGAGCGAGAUGGGUUAGGAAAUAUCAUUUACAGACAUAUAAUGUUUCGUCCCUAUUUUGGCGUCACGCUACGCCCAUCAGCUUUGCAAACGUUCGACCUAGAGUUCCACAUUCCCAUGGUCGCCCUGAGAUCUUACGCAGGAAAGGCUCAAUGUUCGGGCAGCCCUAUUAAAGAAGCCCACCAGUCGACUGAUGUUUCGUUUCUCUUUCCGGCCAAACAUGGAUCUUCGACAAGUGGUAUUUCUCAAUUCCUACACCAAAGCCAAGUUUCACUCUUGGUCACGGGAUUCGACGAGAAUCGAUGGACGGCCUUUUGCUUUGUACAUGCUCCUUCCGAAGACCAAGAAAAUUCUAUACCACUUAUCAACGACUCUGACGAAGAGCUACUGACGGAUCCAGUGUCCUGUGGCAAGCUACCGGUUGGGAUGCCUUGGAAUCCAAGAGAAUACUUUCUUGCGGUUCUGCGAGUUCGCCUCAAACACUUGGCUCGGGAGUGGGAUCACACCGUACGAUUUCUCGAAACAACAAUAAGGCAUCAGAUGUCCUAUUGGCCAGCCAAAGGUACCCAAAACCUUGUGUUGAAGAAUGACAUCCUCGAAGCUCAGGACCGCUUAAGACGCAGUCAAGUUCUGAUCAUGCAUCUCAUCUACACUAUCUCGGGAACCCUGGCAGAGUGGGACAGAUUUCAAGAAGACGCCUUGGAGUCAUAUUUCGACGACUUGCAGAACCGAAAAUCGUUCUCGCACGAUGCUUUCCGUCGUGAUAUGUUAAAGUCACUUGAGAGCGUCAAGCAAUCCGAGACUUCCUUACGAAAGAUUAAGGACCUAUGUAUAAGCAGAAACUCUCAGUACUCCAUGAUUUCAGCGACGAAAGCAUAUGAACCUACCGUCCCUGGGGAUAGGCUCCUUAAAUUCAUUACAGUGAUGGGCCUGCUAUUCAUGCCACUGUCACUGAGUUUCUCGAUCAUUGGCUCUGAUAUCGGUCAUCUACAACGCACUUGGCCCGUACUUUUAGGAACGACGAUCGGUAUCAUGGUGAUAAUGUUGCUGUUCAUAGUAGGGGCUGAACUCGGACUACCAACCAUUUUCAAACGCAUACAUGCCGGGGGAUUGCUUCUCAAGAAAAAUCUCAAGGAGGGGUUUUGGGCUAUGAAAGGUAUACUUCGACUGCCAGUGACCAAGUCUUCACAUGCCAUGGCAAAGCAAGAGGUAUCUUGUCAAGAAGAUGGAAUCGAACUAGGGACCUUUCAUUCACCAAAUGUCUUGGACUUGAGGCAACCUGAUCCACAGCUCAUCACCACAGGACCCUCCAAUGCUCAGCUGUCCUACCUCAGGCCUUCGAGUCGACAAAUUCGUGUCGCACAAUGGUCAAAAGAGUACCCAAACAUUCUCACUCAAGACCCAAUCAAGGUCUACCUUCCCCUUCCCAAACCUUCCCUCCAAACCAAAGAGUGCAACAAGCCACAGGCAACGAGGCGCUUCGUACGUCGGCUGAGAACAUCUUAUUGGGAACACGAAGUACAACCACGGGACUACCAGGCACCUGAAGGCAGCGUAGUAUAA